AUGAUCUCGCGCGCCAUACUCUCCUCUGAGCCCUCCUGGGCACGAUGUCGUCCCCUCCUUACACCGAAACGACUUACAUACACACUUCGGGCCAACAGAGCGGCACCAAUCUACACAGAACAGUUCAGAUCGCGAAAUUGGAAAGUGAAACCAUGCAUGAAGCCUCGCUUGUUCAGUGCCCGCGCACCAAUGUUUGCAGAAACGAAAAUGAUUGAGGUUCCUCAGAUGGCAGAGUCGAUAUCCGAAGGCGUUCUUACCAGCGUGUACAAGCAGAUCGGUGAUUACGUGGAAGUGGACGAGGAGGUCGCGUCAAUUGAAACGGACAAAAUCGACGUCGCGGUCAAUGCCUCGGGCAGUGGCGUGGUCACUAAACUUUUAGUCAAUGAAGGCGAUACGGUGACCGUUGGACAGGCUGUGGUGGAAAUCAGUGUAGAAAAGCGCGAUGCGGCGGAAGGAGGGGAUGCUCAGGUCUCGAAAGCAUCUGAGCAAACGGAACUCAAGACGCCUGAGGUUCAACAAGAUCCACCAAACCAGGUUAAACAGGAACAGCUUCCAACCAGGGAACAACCGCGUCACUCACAUGCUCCCGCCGCGCAACCAUCGUCAGCACAGUCUAACUCCGCUCCCAUGAAUGCGUACAAAGGCAGCCGGUCAGAAAACAAGGUUAAAAUGCCUCGCAUGCGCGUGCGCACGGCCGAACGCCUCAAAGAAUCCCAGAAAACAGCAGCCUUCCUGACCACCUUCAACGAGAUCGAUAUGUCGCGCGUGAUGAAGUUCCGAAAACAGAACAAGGAUGAGGUGUUGGCCAAAUACGGCGUGAAACUUGGAUUCAUGGGCCCCGUUGCGCGGGCUUCCGCUCUCGCAUUGAAACAGAUACCGGUUAUUAACGCGUCUAUUGAGAAUGGCGACACGAUUGUUUAUCGUGACUAUAUUGAUCUUAGUGUCGCCGUGGCUACUCCUAAAGGUCUAGUCACUCCUAUCCUACGGAACAUCGAGGAUAUGAAUGUAGUUGAGAUUGAGAAAGGCAUUGCUGAGCUGGGAACGAGGGCACGCGAUGGCAAAUUGACCAUGUAUGACAUGGCUGGUGGCACAUUUACCAUUAGCAACAGUGGGAUUUGGGGAUCUCUGUUUGGGACGCCUAUCAUCAACAUCCCGCAGACUGCCGUUCUAGGAAUCUACGGAAUCCAAGAGCGCCCCGUUGCUGUCAAUGGAGAGGCAGUGAUUCGGCCGAUGAUGUAUACGGCAUUGACCUAUGACCAUCGUCUGGUUGAUGGACGGGAAGCCGUCAUCUUCCUGACCUUGGUGAAGAAGUAUCUAGAGGAUCCUUCCAGUAUGCUGAUUGUUUUAUUGUACUAA